CUUCCGCGAGACUCGAAGCCGCCACUGUUCGUUUCCAGCUCACUUUCUCUCCAUCUUCUUCGUUUCAAUUCCGACACUUUCUUGUUCAAUUUCACAUUUCACUCGCACCUCCCAGAUCCGCGCGCUGUAGAUUAUUGUUAGUUUCCAACAUUCAGGAAGUUUUUCAAUGCUAUGCAAUGCACUAAGUGUUCAGUAGCAGAAGUCGCUUGACGAUUUCUAUUUCGUGGUCUGCCUCCAGUUAAUUGUUCAUUUGGUGGCAGACUAGGGUUUCUCGCAAUCUUCUCCUUGCUUACGAGAUCAGACUUUUGAAGCAGCAAUAGAAUGGGGGAAGUGGUUCCUGUCUACUACGGUAUUAUUGCCUUUUUUUGCACGAUUGGAGCCAUUUCUUUGGCGAUCUUUCACAUUUACCGGCAUCUUUUGAACUAUACGGAACCAACGUAUCAGAGAUACAUUGUGCGAAUCAUCUUUAUGGUCCCGGUUUAUGCACUGAUGUCGUUCUUGUCUCUUGUUUUACCUGCGAGUUCAAUCUAUUUUAAUUCCCUUCGAGAAGUCUAUGAAGCUUGGGUCAUUUAUAAUUUUCUGUCAUUGUGUCUCGCAUGGGUUGGUGGCCCUGGAGCUGUUGUAAUAAGUUUAAGUGGGCGUGUAUUGAAGCCAUCAUGGAGCUUGAUGACAUGUUGUCUUCCUCCGGUACAACUAGAUGGGCGUUUUAUACGGAGGUGCAAGCAAGGCUGUUUGCAGUUUGUGAUUCUGAAGCCUAUAUUAGCUGCUGUUACACUUAUUUUAUAUGCAAAAGGGAAGUACGAAGAUGGAAAUUUCAGUCCAAAACAAUCAUACCUCUAUCUCACCAUCAUCUAUACACUCUCAUACACAAUGGCUCUUUAUGCAUUGGUACUGUUUUACAUGGCAUGCAGAGAUUUACUUCAACCGUUUAAUCCGGUUCCGAAGUUCAUCAUCAUUAAAUCUGUUGUCUUCUUGACUUACUGGCAGGGCGUGCUUGUUUUUCUUGCUGCAAAAACUCAAUUAAUCAAGAAUGCAGAGGAAGCUGCGCAGUUUCAAGAUUUCAUUAUAUGCAUUGAGAUGCUUAUAGCUGCUUUGGGUCAUCUUUAUGCAUUCCCAUACAAAGAAUAUGCAGGAGCAAAUAUUGGUGGAUCGCACGGUCUCACGGGAAGUCUCGCACAUGCCUUAAAAUUGAACGACUUUUACCACGACACCGUCCACCAGUUUGCCCCAACUUAUCAUGAUUAUGUUCUUUAUAAUCAUAGCGACRGCGAUGAAGGCACAAGGAAGUAUCGAUCACGCACCUUCGUGCCUACAGGCCCUGAGAUGGACACUGUUAGAAGAAACAAACACAUGUUUGGAAACAAGAUAGACGACAUUCAGCUUUCCACAGUCUCAUCUUCAAGUUCAAGUACUCCGUCGGUCCUUGAACCAACACAUUCCGACGCAAUGAAGUCUUCUCUUCUUAUGGAUACCUCAAACAAUUUAUCUACACCAUACGACAUGUCGCUUAUCGACUUGGAUAUGUCAAGUUACCCCUCGAAAGUUGCAGCAGUGGACGAAACCGGGACGAGGUGACGAGAAAACAGUGGACAGGUAGGAAGAAUACGCUAAGAAAGAGUUAAAAAAAAAAUAGAGAUUUUAGGGUGUAACGUUUUCAUUUCUGUGAAGGGAAGGGGCUACUUUUGCGCUGGUAUUUGCGGCAAACAGAAAUUUGUGUAUUAUGGCGUGUUUCUCCAGUCCAUGAUGCUGUAUAUACAUGAUUCUGAUUUGUUAUAAAUUAGGGUUUGAUAGAUAAGCAUGCUUAACAAAUUCAUUUUCAUUAUCAUAUUUGGUGGGAUGGGAAUUGCUAGUUGCUUUGUUCUCUCUAUGGAUUCCUGUUUGUAUGUGUAUUUGGAAAUUAUUAGUUUUCUUGGUGUGCUU